AAAAAUAGUCGCGUUGGUCACCGCGAGACCCGAGUCACGAUCGUAGCGUAGACGGAGAUGUUGUGUAGUGAAGCGCGGAGGUGUGCGUUAGUGAGACUGCUGUUGUGGAAGCUGCAGCGCUGCUGUAGUGUUGGCCGCGCCCGCCACUCGUCCACACCGUGGCCCAACCUGCGCUCUCACGUCACACCAGGGAGCGGUGCGGCAAAGUUACCUGGCUGCACCGGACCCGUCACAGUCUCCGGUAGUAGCGUGGGAGCGGCGAGUGUGUGUGUGUGUGUGUGCUGCUGCUAACUGCCUCGUGCCUUGGAUUAUUGUGACCACCCCUGGAUUCCUAACACCCGCUUGAAGUCUGUGUUUGGUGAGAGACGCGCGUGAUACCCAAGGAAAACCCAAAGAAAGAUCAUUGUAUAAGAGAGCUAAGGAAUUAACGAGUGUGUGGAGAGACUCAGUGGUGUGUGCGGUGGGUGGUGAGUGUCCAGGAAGUGACGGACCUGCCAUCGCCACCGCCGCUGAUAGUGCCGUAACUGGCGCCGUCUUCGUCAUCGCCGCCGCCGCCGCCGCUGCUGCUGCUGCUACCCGGUGGCAUGGCCGUCACCUAGCGAGCCCCGGCGCACACAGCCGCUAACAUGUAUGCCUACGCCGGGGCAUACUCCGGCGCCUACAUGGGCGUGGGGUCUGGGGUGGGCGGCCUGUCUGGGGGUAGCAUGACUGCACCCGCGGCCCAUCACCAGGUGCUGGCCACGCCCACGCCCAUACCACCAGCAGCAGCAGCAGCCGCCGCCGCCCACACCAUGACCACUACCCUUCCCCCCACCACAGUCAAGCGGAGGUCAGAUGAGGAGGAGGGCUCGGGAUCUAAGUAUGGCCGGAUGGAACCAGCAGAGGACAGCAUGCAGGACAAGGAGCGAUUUGCCAGUCGAAGGCCGAAUAAUCACUUGGAGAACAACUGCGAGAUCGAGCGUAGGGAAAACCACUGCGAGAUCGAGCGUCGGCGUCGGAACAAGAUGACGGCGUACAUCGCGGAGCUGAGUGACAUGGUACCCACCUGCUCCGCGCUGGCCCGCAAGCCUGACAAGCUCACCAUUCUGCGCAUGGCGGUGGCCCACAUGAAGGCCCUCAGGGGUAUGGAGGUUACCAACGGCAGUGGAAUGGGAACAGGAAACACCAAUGCAGAUGGCACCUACAAACCUUCCUUUCUUACUGACCAAGAACUGAAACACCUAAUUCUUGAGGCUGCCGAUGGGUUCCUCUUUGUGGUUGCCUGUGACACGGGGAGAAUCAUUUAUGCCUCUGAUUCAGUCACUCCAGUCCUUAACCAGCCACAGAGUGACUGGUUUGGGUCCAGCGUGUAUGAUCACGUUCACCCUGAGGAUGUGGACAAGGUUCGGGAACAGCUCAGCACACAGGAGCCAGCCAACCAAGGCCGCAUUCUGGACCUCAAGACAGGCACCGUCAAAAAGGAGGGACACCAGUCUUCGAUGAGGCUGUGCAUGGGGUCCAGGAGAGGGUUCAUCUGCCGCAUGAAGGUUGGCAGUGUCACACCAGAGAACAUGAAUUCUGGUCACUUGAACAGAUUACGACAGAGAAACUCCUUAGGACCAGCCAAUGAUGGACACAAUUAUGCUGUUGUCCAUUGUACAGGAUAUAUUAAGAACUGGCCUCCAACUGGUGUCCAAAUGGACCGAGGUGAGGAGGAGGCCCAUGGAGCUUCUCAUUGCUGUUUGGUGGCCAUUGGACGCCUUCAAGUUACCUCAACCCCCAAUACAUCAGACCUCAUGGGAUCAAACUCACAAAAUGAGUUUAUAUCUCGUCAUGCAAUGGAUGGAAAGUUCACCUUUGUUGACCAGCGUGUGAUGACAGUGUUGGGAUACUCUCCUCAGGAACUACUAGCCAAGCCUUGCUUUGAUUUUUUUCAUCCAGAAGACCAGACCCACAUGAAAGAAAGCUUUGACCAAGUGUUGAAACUGAAAGGUCAGGUGAUGUCUGUCAUGUAUCGGUUCCGAGGAAAGAACCGAGAGUGGGUGUGGCUCAGGACCUCAGCAUUUGCCUUCCUCAACCCCUACACAGAUGACAUUGAAUACAUUGUGUGUACAAAUACUGCUGCAAAGACAAUACAGAGUGGAAGUGAAAUGAGUGGUAGCAUCUCGGAGCAGCAGGAAGUCAGCUCACUCAACACACAGUACUCCUCACAUCAGCCAGGGUUGGAGUACUCUUUACAACGACAACGUGAACUUUACCCCCACAUGAUUCAGUCUCACAUUCACACAGGUACAGGAAGGCCAAGCAGUACUCAGGGAGUGUACAGUGGAUAUGAGGCCGGUGCUUCCCCCUUGGCAAGCUUCUCCCCGAGCACUCCACAGGCAACCCCUCUCACCACACAGGCAUCCUCCAGCAUCUCCCGCAUCACCAAAUCCUCUUCCCCGCCAACCACAGCACAUCCUCCAACAUGGACAAAUGCCCAUAUAAGACAGGGUGAGGGCUACAGUUAUCCCAGCAACAUGAGUCCCUCACGCUCCCCAUCUGCUCCCUCAUACACACCUCUCAGCUCCACUAGCCGCUCCCUCCCCUCAUACACCUCAGCCGCUCCAGCCUCUGCAGGCAUGUGGCAGUACAGCAACCUUGGCGGGGAGAGUGGCAGUGUUGGGCCCUCCACCAGCUCAGUACACCCUAGCCCCGGCACAGGCCACCAGGCUGGGGGAGCGCCGGGCUCACAGCCAGAGCUCACAGACAUGCUGCAGAUCCUCGACCAGUCUACCCCAGCAAAUUUUGAUGACUUAAAUAUGUUUGGCACAAAUUUUGAAUGAGCCAUUUCUUAUUGCAUUAUCAUUGAAUUAGUUAUUUGUAUUCAAUGCCUGGCAAGCCUUAGUAUUCAGUCUCAAUGUAUUUUGUUAAAUCUCAACAAGUGCCUCUGCUACAACAGUGUCAGUUUCUUUACCAUUUAGAUGAAAUAGAUAUUUUGUAUAUAGUCAAUUAUUUAAAGGUUGGUCACUGGUGAAAAUAAUGUUGGAUUCUGGAACUUGCCUUAACAAGUAAAUUUGUUACCAGCUGCUUUUAGUGGACGAUGUUGCCUACUUGAGGUGAGUUUCAGAAGUUAAGAAACAUUGGUGCUGGAUGAUGGAGGUUAGUGAAGAUUUAACUUUAGGUAAGCCAGGUCUUAGUGCUCCACACAACCCUUAGCUUGUAAUCAAGCUUCUUACAUUGACGUGUGUGGGGUGCCUCAGAUACAUGCCAAUCUGUAAUUGCCGCAGCAAUUCAACACAAGUCAUGUGUGGGUGACGCCAUACUGUUGUAGUUCAGCGUUUUGAGCAUUGCCGUAAGACGAGGGUAUGAUAUGUUGUGCUGAUAAUCAAAUCACAGUUUGCAGUUAGGCUGUUUGUUUGCUGGUAAUCAAAGUAUUACGUCCUUCAUAGUUGUUACUCUUGGAGUCCCUUAAAGGGAGCUUAUGACUGAAUUAUUUUUACAUGCUGUACGAUAUCUUAAGAAUUUUUAUCACACUGUAUAUUUAUGCACAAUUUCAAAAUCUGUAGCUCAAGCACAUGUCCAGGAAUAUUAUGCAUUUUAAUGAAGAAAAUGUCAGUGUCGUGCUGUUCUCAUGCCUGUGUCUAUUAUUAUUAUUAUUAUUAUUAUUAUUAUUAUUAUUAUUAUUAUUAAUGUGAUUGUUAUUGGUAGUAUUUUAUUUCAAGGAUUUGAAGUUUUCUUUUAUUUGCUCAGAUGCAUUAUUUUACUUAUUUAUUUAUUUUUUCAUUCAGGUGCCACAGUGCAUAUACAGGGAAUCCUCAGAACUCAGGCUUAAUGUCUUUAUCCAUAAAUUUGUUUCCUUUAGGUUGCAUGACUUUUAAUUGAUUCAUAUACGAGUUAAUAAGAGUCCUUAGGUAAUGAUGGAGUCCUUGGGUGUGAAUCACAGCACAACCCUCGCCUGCUGUCCUGACCAACACACUCCGCCACCAACACUUGCCACUGAAGGCCUUGGGUAAUGCAGGUGUAGAAAGUGAAGCAUAAUUUUGCAGUAAUUUGGUAAAAUGAUAGUCUUGCAUUGUGUGUGUGUUAUGAACGGAUAAUCUGUAUAUUGCAGCGUGAUGUGUCACAGAGAAUUGGAUGCAACGUGUCGUAUGAUUCAACUUUUCAGUUUGUUUUCACUUCAAGUAUUGCUGCCAUUAUAUUUAUUUAUGUUUAUGCAUUUUUUUUGUAUUAUUAUUAUUGACUUGUGUGUAAUAUAUUUUCCAUGUUUAUUCACUGAACCAGGGUUUUGGGCACUAACAUAAUUCUUCAUUAGAAGACGGUUACUGGAUCAUAAACAGUUUCUUUGUAUUUGUAGUUUAGAUGUUCAGUAAUAUGCUCUGUUAGUUAGGUCUUGUAGCUGUAAAUUUAACUGUUGUAGUACUUUCAUGGGUAAAUAGCCAUUUUUUAAAUGGCUUACCAAGCAGUCAGGUUAUGAUUGUUUGGCAUGUACAAUGAGUGUGUAAUAUAUAUACAUAUAUAUAUAUUUUGUCCUCAUGAUGUCAGUACAAGGUAUCUCAGUGGUCUGAGAGGAUUUUGCACGGCUGGUGUCUUGCCACCAGUGUUUAAUUUAUAUAGACAUAUCAUUCAUAGCUAGAGGGAUGUAAGUGACUUAAGGCUCAUUGUGUAAUAUUUCUUCUCAUAUAAGUCACUUUCUUAUUGAGAAUUUGUUGAAGAUUUUAGAAAUUAUUUGAAGACUAAUAAAUAUUAAGAUAGUUUUCCUUUUUGGAAAAAAGUUCAAAGUUUCAUUUUGUUAUGGGCUCAGGAACAGAUAUUGAAAUCCAGAAAUGUUCGUAUAAACGUCACCCUGGUAGUACGCACUGUGAAUGGCUGAUUGGAAAUUAUAAUUGUAUUUGGGCAAUCAAAUUUUGAUGCGUCUGUAGUGUGACUUGUUGACAGAGUAAGUCAUCAACUGUCAUCAUGUGGGGGUAGGGGAAGAAAGUCCUUCCGUGUUUUGUUACAACUGUAUUUUGUGGUUAGUUUCUUGAUAAACAUUUUCCAUGUACUGAAAUUACAAAUACAAUUUGUAAUGUUGCUGCACAGUGUAUGUAUACAAUUGAAAACAAAGUAGGAUGAAACCUAAAAGCAAAGCAAAACAAAACAACCCAAUGAGGUCAUGGAAAUAUAGUGAAAAUCACUAUCGGUAAUUACACGAGUCACAACAUUUAUUAGAAAAUCCAUAGUACAUUUACAAAGCCUUAGUCAGUUACAGCCUCCUCUCAGCUUAUUCCUAAUCACAAGACAACACUCAACCCUUCUGUCCUCCACUAUCAAGUCACUGCCCUAAGGAAACUAGAGCAAAUAAUAACUUGACUUCACUAUUUGUCGUUUAUGGAAGGACAGAGAGGGUCGGGAUCCAUCACACCUCGUCUGGUGCCACAGGGAGUUGCCAAUGCUUCUGUUUACAAGUGGAAACCUCCCACCAGUAUAUCCCAAACAUAAGUAUUGUGAGUUGAUCAGACAUACACUACAGGGAAAUUGGUGGGAAUUUCUUAGGUCAGUAUGUCCAAGUGUGCUAAUGCUGUGUUGGUGAAGAGGUACCAAGUUCUACAUUUUCCUGAGUGUACUGAUUUAUCAGUGCUGUGUAGGAAAUAUCUUCAAAUGGGUUUUAUAAUUAGUAACAAAAGUAAUGCUGAAUUGUGGUUAAAAUCAUAAAGAUUGUAACACGGGGCUGCCUGAUAAACACUGUAAUGAAAGUAUCCGUCGGUGGGAUUUGAUAGUGAAACAUCUGUUAAAGGAAAAUCACUUUGUAGAAUUUGAACUUCAUUUUCCCAAAGCUUGGCAAUCCUUGAGUCACUUGAUGAUUUGAUACUCGGAGUCUUUGAAUAUCUGUUACUGAGCUGAACGUUUAAAAGUUGACCAUUUGUAUAUAUUUUUUCUAAUUGAAUCAAUAUAGUAAUGGGAACCACCAUGUGAUAAAUAAUUUUUGCAAGAGUCAUCUGACUUCCCUUUGGCAUUUUCUGUAGGUUUAGAACAAGACUGAUUUGCAGUGCUGCAGCAUUAGUCUUUAAUGUAUGUAUGCAGAAGUAGGGCUGAUUGAAUUUUCCAGUGAUAAAUUCCCAUGUGUACAAUUAAAAAUUUAUAUAUAUAUAUAUGGAAGAAAGACCUGUAAAUAGGAAAGGAAACUUUUCCAUAUUUUUAGUUGAUGUAGAAACACGAACCAAUAAUAAUUUUUGGUGGGAGUGCAGAUUAUCAGUCCAAUGGUGUGGAUGACAGAACUUGUGGGCAAUACUGUACUGAAUGGAAUCACUGUAGUGUGUGCUGCUGGUUGUUUCUGACCACGUCUUGUUAUAGGUACCCUCUUGGAAAAGAAGUAUUCAGCAGAUUAAGUUACUUUUGUUUAAGCCAAUGUUUGCUCCCCUCUGUGGGGAACAAUGUUGAAUAGUUUUUUCAGUGGCCAUAUUAAUGUAAGUUCAAGAUUAUGUUGUGGAACCUUGAAUGGAGGCUGCAAGUAACGAGGGGCCACCAUGGCCUCUCGGGUGCUUCACCAGUGCAAUACUUACUGUGGCAGUCAAACCAACGUCAAGUUGCUAUGAUAUCAAUGUAACAACAAGGAUUUGUUUAUCAGUUUGAUUGUAUCACACAACAUUUGUUGGAUAUCAUGCAUUUGAAAUCUUGCUUGUAGUUUCCCCACAACUAUGAGUAUGUACUUUUCUGUCAUUUUCUUUACCUCUUUUUUUUUCUUUUAACAUAUAUGUAAAACAUUGUUUAAAAUACACUGGUCUCUCAUAAAUGCAUAUUUGUAGGUAUAGUUUAGGAGAGUUUGUGUUUGUUGCAUCACCAUCAUUUUUAUGAUUUUAUUUUAUUGUUUUAUUUAUUUUCUUACCCAUUGUCAUACAUGUGAACAAUGAUUGCAACAUUGGAAGAAGACAAGCCCAGAUUCUCAUUAUCAUCAUUAUAUGUGCACACACACACACACACACACACACUUACACACACACACACCAUGGUGUCUACGUUCAAACGACUUGUUAGACGUUGAAGUGUACGAGGAUCAUGAGUGGCUUCCUCCAUCCAUCACAAACACUUCUGAAAGUCAUCAUGAUGAAAGGUAUUUGCACUUUGUGCAGGUGUUGUUUAUGAUAAUCUAUGUGCAUAACUAAUUCCACCAAAACUGUUACCAUGAGUGUGUAUGUAUGCACGUACGUAUGAUCAUACGUGCGUACACUACAUAUUACUUCUCUGCAAUCAUGUUGCUUCUCAUUUCAGUAUGUGAAGUGUCCACACUCUAUCAGUAACUACCAACUUGUGGCUUGUGAUGGUAAUAAGAACUGUGUACCUCUACACUUGAAUGAUACUGUGUGCAUGUGUGUAUUACAUAUGAACCAAUAUUCCCAGGGCAAGAUUGCAUCCAUAGGUGGUCAGUUGGAAGGGUAUGAAGAGGUGCCUCAGUAAAGCAAUCUGUCAGAAAUAAAUGGCCCACAUUAUAUGGCUUUGAAGAAGCAGAAGAAAGUAAAAGUGUUGGAAGACAGAAUAACUCUGGGCUGGCAAGAUGAUGAAAGCACCGUACAGCACAUUGUAAGCUGAGUGAUUACAUGCACUAGGCUGCCUUGCCUCACUGGACAGCCACAUCUGGAUACUCAGAAGUUAAGAAAAAAGACCACAAAUUCUUCAGAACAGUUUAUCUGUAUGUAUUAAGCUGAAUUCGUGAACAAAAAUCUUGACAAGAUAUAGGUGUACAGAAUUUCAUUUGAUUUUUAUUGUUUUUAAAAAGUCUCAUUGAACAAGGAUAGUGCAGGCCCAAGCUAACCCUUCCUUCAUGGGAAGCUUCAUUUUGAAAUUUGCCAAAGAUUUUUCUUAGAACCCAUACAUUGAAAUUUAUGAGUGACCAGCGUAUGUGAAUUUUUUUUUGUGUGUGUACCCAUCUUGAGAUGCUUGUUUAUACAAUAUAUAAAUGCUUAUUAUAAGUUUUUUCUUUAUUAAGUUAGCAUUUUAUAUUUUAUAAACACUGUGCCUUGGGCUGGUGUGGCAUUGUGAGAUUCACUGCAAUUUCUCAUUCAAAAGAACCAUUAUUGUAAUUCAGUUUUGUAUUGUGUUGUUUAUAUGUAUGAUGCAUUUUGAGUUAACCUUAACUGUGUUGGCAAAACCUCAUGGGAUGCUCAAUUACAGCUGGCUGUUUGUCAGGCUCUCCCCAGCUGCUUCAUGACCUCCCAGAAAACCUCCAUGGGAAGGAGAGUUUCUCUGUGUCUGUGUGACUCGCUGAGGCAGGUUCAAUUGUAUUUUGCAAUCAGCUCAAUUAUUUUUUUUUAUAUUGUAAAACCAGUGCAUUUAUGUAUACAUAUUGUGUAAAUAUCUGAAUUGAUAGUGUCUCUUGCAAGUUUUAGAGUUUUGGUUUAUUGCUUUAGAAAUUAUAAUAUCCUUUUGUCUCUAGAUAAAAAAAGUUUGCAAUGAACACAUUAUAUAUUUAUUACUUUUUUUAUGUAACUUUCAUGUAAUUGAAAAAUGGAAAUUCCUGAGAUAGCAUUAAUAUUGAUUAUUGGGAUAUUUACAAAGCAGGACAGAGUUCAUGAGGUUUUCUUGAAGCCAUGAAGGUUGCUGUUGGGCUAACAUGGUUGUAGGUUGGGGAAUUCACCUGUUCUGUUUGUGUAAAUAUUGGUUUUCAGUGACAGUUUGAAACAUAAGUGCAAUGUAUUGUAGAAGAAUUAUUUAAGUACAUAUAGAGGUAGCAGUAUUAGUGUAUGCUAUUUUAAUAUAAGCUAAUGUAAAAUAAUUGCAUUUGCAAAUGGAGGACAGGUGAACUCAUGAAAUAUUUGUCUCAUGUUGACUCAUUAUCUAGUACUACUUCUAAUAACUUAAACUUAUUGAACUUAUGUAUAAUACUGACAUAUAAGUGAAAUAA